AUGUUCAUCGACCUCAAUGUCCCCAUUCCGCCUCUCUCGAAACAACAGCUGUCACAAGCAUUAUCCUCGAAGAAAGGCAAAAACAAACUAGAACAGGAUGCCCCUCCGCUCGCCUUUACACCCGCACAGGUUGUUACCAUCGAGAGCCGCAUAGAUCUGCUCGUCCACUUAGGAUACACUGUUCUCGCAUUCAACCAAACACUAGAACGCAAGAUCGACCCAAAGACGUUCGUGAACACCCUCGACCCGCUCCUCGCCCAGCUGCGCAAGAAGCCAAACAUCGUCUACCUCAAACGGCUGACCAUCGUCCUUGACGAGGAGAGCGAGAAAGGAUUUGGACUGACGAAUGGCCACGCCGCGCUCGUCGCCCCAUACGACCUCCUCGCGCUCGCACCGACCACCGCCGCGUCCUUCUCGCUCGCCUGCCUCACCCACACGCAGCCCUCGCCGCUCACGACGCACAUCAUCGCCCUGCCGCUCACGCUUCCCCGUCUCCCGUUCAACCUCCGGCAUACCCUCGUCCGCACCGCACUGGCCAACGGUGCCGUGUUCGAGAUCAACUAUGCCGGGGCCCUCGGGGCCGACGGGGAGUCUGCCGGAGGCGGAGAGAGCAACGCGGGAGCGAAGCGCAACUGGUGGGCGGCCGCGCGCGAGGUCGCGCGCGUGACGAAGGGCAAGGGCGUGCUGGUGAGCGGGGGCGUGUCCAGCGAGGCGGAUCUGCGCGCGCCGCGCGACGUCGCAACCUGUGCGGUGUCCAUGCUGGGCGUGGCGCAGGACGUUGCGCACGCCGCGUCGACGAAGGUGCCCCAGUCGCUCAUUCUGCGCGCACAGACGCGCAAGACAUACCGUGCAGUAUUCUCCGAGCCCAAAGUGGUCAUCCCGCAGGCUGCAAACCCUCCAGCGGUCGAGGGCGCCGACGUGGAGAUGGAGAUCGGUGCACCGAUACUGGAGGCAGAGCCCUCAGCGCCCAAGGCCUCCUCCCCACCCGGAGAGAACGCCAACGGGAAGAAGCGUGCUCUAAUCCAGAGCGAACAAAAAGUAUCUGCCGCCACCACCGCCGCGACUCAAAUUGCAGAGGGCGGUGCACGGAAGAAAAAGAGAAAAAACAAGCUAUCAUCGGAGUUGUCCUAA